AUGGAGUGGAAGGUACAGGGUGGACGAGAGGAUGGAAUUCGUGUCGGAAGUUGUGUUGAUGUUGAUGUCGAGAUAGAUGAUGAAGUCAAGCUUGGAGCUCUGAAGGCAGGAGCAGCUGUCGCUGCCUCCGCCUACAAGACUGCUCAUCCUGACUGCACAUCUGCAGAAGCCUCGAAACAUGCAAAAGCCGAAGAGGAGUCGGCGAGGAGACAUGCACUGAAUGCCGACCCUCAUGCCGAUGAGCACAUCUUCCCCAAUCUCCCGACUUCCGGAGCCCACAUCGGACGGUUCGCCAACGCCGAACACAUCAACGAUGGAAUCUUCUCUGAGAUAUUUCGGGCCGAGGACCAAGAGGCUGAUCCGCCCAAAGUGGUGGCCUUGAAGAUUACGACGCCUUCGAUGUUGACGCCUCCUCAUGAUUCUGUUCGAGAGGCUCGAAUAUUGUCGUCCAUCAAGUGUGCACAGGUUGUGCCUCUGCUGGAGACAUUCCGACAGCAAGAUGGUCGCUUCAUCCUGGUCUUCCCGUACUUCAAGCAUGACUUGAACGUGCUUCUCCACGAACGCCGACUGCCACCAACAUCCCGUCGGACGGUCCUACGUGACAUAUUAUCAGGACUGGCCUAUCUGCAUGGCCAAAGCAUCAUUCAUCGGGACAUCAAGCCCUCCAACAUCCUUCUGUCGAGUCCCUCAGGGCCUGCGUUGAUCGCUGAUUUCGGUAUUGCCUGGUCGCCAUCCGAUCCGUCUUCCGAGCCCGACGGCACAAAGAUCCUCGACGUUGGAACCACUUGCUACCGGCCACCAGAACUCCUCUUCGGCCAUUCUGGCUACACCACGAAGCUAGAUAUGUGGGCGGUGGGCUGUGUCGCUGCUCAGAUCGUCUGUCUGAAUGGCCGAACACUCUUUGAUGCUGGUGAUCUGGGUAGCGAGUUGGCCUUGAUUAAAAGCAUCUUCCAGAGUCUCGGCACUCCUGAUAGGGAUGUUUGGCCAGAAGCAAGGUCAAUGCCUGAUUGGGGCAAAAUGAACUUUACGACAUAUCCAGCCAAGGCAUGGUCGGAGCUAUUACCGGACGCUGACCAGGACGGAAGAGAUCUGGUGGAAAGUCUCGUGAAAUUUGAGAGCAGUUGGCGACUCAGUGCCGAAGAUGCCUUGAAGCAUCCAUACUUGCAGCAUGCAUGA